UCAGCGUGUGAGAGGGGCGGAGCUUCACUGCAGCUGAGCGCAACGUGUUGUUAUAAUCACACACAGUUAGCUGCUCAUUCAUCAAUAAAGACAUGGUGUUGCUAGAGAACGACGCGUUUCUCACAGAACUCACCCGACUGUUCCAGAAAUGCAGGACCAGUGGCAGUGUGGUCAUCACUUUAAAGAAAUAUGAUGGGAGAACAAAGCCGGUCCCCAGGAAAGGGCAUCCAGCGACAUUUGAACCAGCUGAUAAUAAAUGUCUGAUCAGAGCUUCAGACGGCAAGAAGAAAGUCAGCACGGUGGUCAGCACCAAAGAAGUCAUUAAAUUUCAAAUGGCAUAUUCGAAUUUGUUGCGAGCGCACAUGGACGGAUUGAAAAAGAAAGACAAAAAGAGUAAAGGCAAGAAAAGUAAAGCCACACAGUGACGGACCGAGAUAAAGAGAGAUGUGCGUUUUAAUUGAACCUCAAUGACGUCGAACACUCACCUGUGCCACUUCACCAUCCCAUCAGUCUGUUGGCAUCAAACAUCUGCUCUCGCUGCACUUCAGAUGGGGAACGUGAUCUUCAUCAUGUGUGCAGAGAUCCAUCAGGAGUCGCUUGAACACCUGCCAACGGUUGACUUGUGCUUUACCAAACCAAGAAAACGAGAUUUGAUCUGGCUGAUGUAAAGUUUUUGUUUAUAAUACUAGAUUUAAUACAUCUUACAGAAUGUUUUCAGCUCUUUAAUACUAUAAUAUAUAGCGAGGACGAAGUGUGAUAUAUUUCUUCAAAUCUUUUUUGGUUUUGUUUGUUUCUCUGAACAAGAUGUGAAUUAUGUUUUUAAGACGCGAAAGUUGCAUCUUCGUGCAAAGUGUUUGUUUUGAGGUUUAGCACAGUGGAGGCUUUGAACAUUUAGGAAAUUAUACUUUUUUUGAUAGUUGUGCCUUUUGAAGGGACACCCCUAAUCAAAAUGAGAAUCCCAAACUUGGAUAUUUUUGGACCGCAGAAUUAAAUGAGGUCCAAUCAAGCUGAAGGACUUGUUUUUUUCUUUCUGUGAUGGACACCCUUUUAGCACAUAAACCUUCCAAUGAAGUUUAGGAAAUGAAUAGACAACCUGUUUAAAUUCAUUUUAUAGGUACACAAGGUUCAUUUGGAGAAGUAAAUACACU